AUGGCUCAGGAUGAAACUGAGUUUCCCCUCCACGACCUUGACUAUAUCUCACUGAAUGAAGUUUACAAGAAUCUGACUCUGGUUGACAUAUUCGAGUUGUCUUUCACAAACAGUCUUGUGAGAGGAACAUUGAAUAAAGCCAGUGUUCCAAUUCAGUCAAUCAGUAUUCGAUUUGAAUCUGGAACACCUUUGAUCCAUCUAAAAUCUGGACAACAUGAAUUCAUUUGGUCUUUUGGAUAUCCAGAAAAAGCAGAAUACAUUGGAGAAGGACACUAUGCAAUCAGAGCAUUCAAGUUUCAAUGCAAAAGAACAGCAUCUGGAUACCAUACGGAGCAUUAUGAUGUGGAGCACGCAAUGCUUGCAGUCAUCAGAUAUCUUGUGGCAAUAUUCAAUUGCUCUGAAUCAAUUAUCAGUGAACUGUUCAUCGAUGUUGGAGUUAUUGAAGACAGCCGUUCAGUUUGUGAGCACUUUAUGAAGUUCAAGACUGUUGAGAGAUUGGCAUUUCAUCAAAGUGUGGAUAAUGACAGAAACAAGUUGAACUUGGCACAAAACUUUAAUUGGAUUCUUGAAAAUUUGAAAAUUCACGAACUGUAUUGUGGAGUGGAUCUAUUUGAGCAGAAGAUGGUUCGCACGCCAGAGGGAGAGUUUGAAAUUCGACGAUUGCCACUUCGUCUAGAUAAGGCUCUCAGGCUGAAUCAUUUCUGCCUGAAACACGCUACAUGGUUCACUUCCAAAGAUCUCAUGGAGUUGUACGCUGACACCGCUAUAAUCGGAGGCAAUGAGCUGACUGCUGAGGAUCUCAACACGUUCUUGAAGAACUGGUUGAACUCCACUUCGAAUAAAUUGUGUUGGCUGGAAAUACAGUUCGACGCGGAAGAUGAAGAACGAAAAGCCAAGAUUACUGAAGGAUUAGAGUUGACGCUUUCAUCCUACAAGUUGAUCAAUGAAAAAUGCUCGUGCCCAUAUCGUCGCUUCGAAUCCUCAAAACGGGUUCCAUUCGAAUUUCCAGCUGAUACCAAACAGAUAACCAGAGCAGACGGAGAAAUUGGAACAAUAGCCAUGACGAGUGACACAUUCUUCUUCCAUGUAAAGAAUACUGGACCAAUUACUCCUCCGAAAGUGCCAGAUGGUGUGAGACCUCCAGACAGCGUCAGAAUAGUUCAGGAGAGAAUGCAUUUGGUUAAUGCAGAACGACUUCAUCACGAACUCAUGUAUCGUCAAUUCGAGAUGGAUAACUUGCAAAGAAUCCUUAACAAGGAACAAACGAAGAGUCAAACUGAGGAAGAUGAUCGUCUUAGGAAACGUCACAAAGACCUUGUGCGACAUUUGGAUAAGGAGUUAGGGAAGCUGGAAAAGAACGAAGUCGGUCGAAGAGAAAGGGUGGAGCGGGAAGGCCAGGUUGUUGAAGCCGCUAUGAACGUCGCAGGAGUUAUUGCUAUGAAUAACAUACAUUAG